UAUCUCUCAUGCUCUAUAUCUUUUUACCAUUUCAUAUCCAAUUCCGCAGAUUGGCUCAUUGAUCAUCGAAUCGACAAGGAAAAAAGACUCCGGGAACUAUUCGUGCAGCCCAUCGAACAGUCCACCGAUAACCGUCUCGCUGCAUGUCAUCAAUGGAGAGUCCUCAGCGUCAGCCGUAACAUCGUCCGCCGGUUCGCUGUUCGAUGACAGUAUAUCAAUGGUUAAGCAGAGGAACAUCUAUAUUUUACUGCAGCAUAGGUCAUUUGUUAUGUUACUCGUUUUGGUUAUCUACGCUCAGCUAAGCUGUCGCAUGUACUAGUUAAGAGAAUUUAUUUAAGUUAAUAAAUUUAAAGCAAAAAAAUCAUAUACAACAUACCAGAAGACGAAAAAACCCAGAGAGAAAACUAGAACAUGCAUGAUGCAGCAGCAGCAGCCACAAUGUGUAAAGGUGAGUUUUGGAACGAUCCUGGACAUUUGCUCACAAACGUGUACAUCGACUGAGAUAUUUCAAACUACUGUAGGAGAGUAAAAAACAGAACGAAAGAAAGACAGAGAAGGAGAAGCAUUCGUCGUUCCCUUUCAUCGUUAUCAAACACACACACACACACACAAACACACCGAUAUCGCCCAUCGCCGUUUUUUGGCAGUGCAGAAAUCAAACACAUGAUCGCAAAAAGUCGCAGUGAAAAGGAAGUUAGGUUUUAUGAUUACAGCGGUAAAAAUGUGCAUAUUUCAUCUACAGACUUUACUCGGAAAGACGGAACGGUGUAGUGCUCACAGUGAAGUGACAGUUGGGCUUCAAACUUGAUAUUACCUAAAUAUAAAACAUUCAGUCUGAAAUAAUAAUUUAAAAAAAAUCAAUUACUAAUAUUAUUUUGACCAAAGACUGCUCAAAAACAUCUAAGAGAUUCCGGACUAACAUUUGCAAAGUUUAAAACCUGGUUUUUUGAGAAAAAAAAUCAAUACUGAUUAUUCUUCGAGUCAGAAAUUUAAUUUAAAAUUGAAUGAUUUUUAACAAAAUAGGAGUGAUAGUAAGCUUGACCGAAGUGAAAAAACGCUGUGUAAACUCAAUAUGGCAAAAAUUUAGUAAAUAUAAAUAAAAACGGGGUAAAAAUUAAUUUAAGCACAACAAUUGCUCCAAUUGUUCUUAAUUUCUUGACACAGGAUUAAAAUUUAUUAAAUCGACAUUCAGGUAUUGGAAUUUGUCAUUUUUCACAAAACAUCAAAAUAAGUAUAUUUUUAUGAAAUAUCAUUUUUUUAUUGAGUCCGUCGUUAUCGCUAUUUGAUUUCACUCAUUAAAAUGAACAUUUUUAAACAAAUUCUUCCCUCUUAAAACUCUUCACUGAUUUUAGCGGAUUGCAUUCUUGAUUUUAUUAUGUGUCUUCUUUGACUAAAAAGUAUUUACUAGAUUUUUUUUAAGGAUUUAUCUUGCUUCAAAGUAACUGUAUUCAUGGAUGUCAAAUGACGCGAAAUUUAGUGUAAGUCUUCAGAACAGUUCAGCAUUCAGUCUAACAUACUCAUAUACAUCAAUUCCCCACGAAAACAGCAUGA